CGCCGCYGCCAUGGUCUCCACGGGGCUGCAGCUGGUGGGCUACGCCGUGGCCUUCCUGGGCUACGUGGGCACGCUGACGACCACGCUGCUGCCCAGCUGGAAGAUCAGCUCCUACAUCGGCUCCAGCAUUGUGACAGCCGUGGGCUUCACCAAGGGGCUGUGGAUGGAGUGCGCCACGUACAGCACCGGCAUCACCCAGUGCGACAUCUACAGCUCCCUGCUCAACCUGCCCGUGGAUGUGCAGGCGGCGCAGGCGCUGAUGGUGAGCUCCAGCGCCGUGUCCUCCCUCGCCUGCCUCAUCGCCGUCAUGGGCAUGAGGUGCACCAUCUUCAUGCAGGGCUCUCCGGCCAAGGACAGGGUGGCCGUCAUGGGCGGCGUGGUCUUCGUGCUCGGCGGCCUGCUCUGCUUCAUCCCCGUGGUCUGGAACAUCCACGUGGUGCUGCGGGAUUUCUACAACCCCCUGCUCCCCGACAGCACCAAGUACGAGCUGGGCGAGGCGCUCUACCUGGGCAUCGUCUCCUCCCUGCUCUCCCUCAUUGGCGGCCUCAUCCUCUGCGCCUCCUGCCCUCGCCGGGACUCGCCGGACACCUACCACAGCACCCACCAGCCCAGGCUGCUGGCGGGCAAGAGCCCCCGGCCCUCCAUCAGCCACACGCUGAAGACCAAGAGCGAUUUCAACUCCUACAAGCUGACGGGAUACGUGUAGAGGGACCUCGCAGCUGCCCCGGCGGCAAGGUGGGACCUGGCCGGCACGCGCCCCGGUUCCGCAAAACCUCCGUGCCAGUGCCGAGGGCGGCCGGCAAAGAGGGGAGGCUGCAGCAGAACCUCUCGUGCUCUCCUGGGGGGGUCCCCAAGCCCUCCCGCCGAGAGCCUUGCGACUGUCCGGAGAUCCCAGCUGACUGCGCCAGCCGGUGCGAGCCCCCCGUGUGACUGCUGUUACCUGCAUGGCC